UUGAGAGAGAGAGAGAGAGUAGGCACAGCAGUACCAUAUAACUGACUUUUAUUAUCUUUCCUUCAGUUAGGUUCAGUUCACUUCAUCUUUAUCAAUUGCACAAAGCAGGAGAAUUAUCUUUUCUUUCUGCAGGUACUUUCUCUCUACAAAAUCAAUCCAAUUCCUCCUUCAUUUUCUCAGUACCCUCAUUUAAUCAUUUUUCGUCCUCUCACAUACAGCCUGUUUGUCUGCCACACUCUAACACAUUCUACCUACUCCCCAAAAGUUCUGCGACUAAUUCUCCAACCCCCCAAAGCACCAAACUGAUCAAAAGAUUUGGUGAACAAAACAAACAAGUUGUACUUGGUAACCAUAUCCUUUCACUAUUUGUCUCUUCCCCUCUAGACUAGCUCUUUUUCUGCACCAUGAACUUGUAGUUUAGUUCUGAAUAUCUUGUAUUUCCAAAGGGAAUCAUGAGCCUUAACUCUCAGAAUCUACACUUGUGGUGGAGACUCUUAUCCUUCCUUCUUCUACUUCUUCAAUUUGUUACAUCUCAAUUUGUUACACCUCUUAACUCUGAUGGGAUUCACCUGCUUAAAUUCAAAUACUCCAUCCUCAGCGACCCAUUAUCAGUCUUAAAGAACUGGAACUACGACGAUGUAACACCAUGUUCAUGGCAUGGUGUUGCAUGCAGUGAAAUUGGAGCCCCUGGUACCCCUGACUUUUUCAGAUCUGGAUGCUGUAAACCUGCAGAAGAAUGCCAGUUUAGCUAUGUGAAUCCAACGACAUGGAUGAAGCCCACAAAUGUGACUAAUCAGAGCAAUCCAACUGACUCUUGAAUUUGAUAUUGAGUAUUGAGGACCAUUAUAGCAAGUGAGGGAUCAUCACCAGGAAACAACUCUCAUUGGUCAUUCGAAUGACGACACCCCCUCCAUCUCCCACACAGUUCGAGAUUCCUUCUGAUGGGACGUCUAGGAAAACUAGACAAGCCACUCGGCUAAGAAGGUUGACAGCAAGAACAUUGGAGCAAGCAAGGGCAACAGUCAGUGUGAAUCCAGCAACUGGUAGAGGAUCCGGACCUCACAAGGAUCAGUUUCACAGUUACCUUGGAGUUGUGGCACGAGACAAGAUUCCAAUUGUUCACGCUAGCUGGAAUGAUGUACCUGAAACACUGAAGAACAUGAUAUGGGAUGACAUAUUGGCAAAAUUCGACAUCCCCGAGGGUGAUAGUGCCAAAAAGAAGGUGAUGUCAAUUGUGGCAACGCGUUGGAGGCAAUUUAAGUCGGCGUUGACAACUAAAUAUGUGUAUGGUAACACUGACGGCCAAGCAAAAGAUGAUCCUUUGGUUAAAUAUGGCAUUAAUGAAAAAGAUUGGGCCGAGUUUGCAAAAAUGAGGCAAACCCCUACCUGGCAGGGGAUACGAAAAAAGGCACAAGAAAUUCAAAAGUACAAUGACUCUCUGCACCUGUUGUCUAGGGGAGGCUAUGAGCUGCUAGAAAAAAAAAAUUAAUAGCUGAAAAAAGGAAGAUACGAGAAGAACAAGCAGCAUUUACCGAGGACCCUUCAUUGUACCUCCCACCAUCACCAAUUUCUAGACACGAGAAAUGGAAGAGUGCACGCACAAAACAAUAUGGCCAGAUGACAUCUCAAGCCGCCAAAGAAAUUGCUGACAAAAUUGACUCUUUGGAAGAGCAAAGCAGGCAGGGCAGCAUUGUGCCUUCGGGACGUGACGAUAUUUUGAACAUGGCUAUUGGAAGACCGGAGCAUCCUGGUCGUGUACGUGGGGCUGGGACAGGGGUUACAAUUACGCAGUACUUUGGUCCAUCAUCGCGUCGGUCUACCACUUCAUCAAACAUCACUGUAGAACAGUUGGCUGAUAUAAUUGGUAACCUAAAAGAAGAAUGGCAAAGACAGGCUGAACAAGAAAACAUUAAAAGAGAGGAGGUGUGGAUGAGGAGGGUAGAAGAGGAAAAACAGCGCAAUAUGGACACAUUUAAAGGACAAAUACAAGAAGCUAUCAAGUUGGAGUUGUCACAAAUUGCAUCACAACAUUCAGCCCCACUUCAGCCAAAUGAUAUACAAGUAUUAGCAGCAAGGGUAAGCACGAAGGGAAGUUGUGCAGCAGCAGAGACAAAUUCAUUAGCUAAAAAACCCUUUGAGUUGAAUGGUGACAACGUCGGGCUGCAUGUAACCAUUGAGAACUCCAACAAAUUAGUGGCAGUGGGCAAACGGUGCGACAAUUUUGGCACCAUCCACAACAUGCCCUAUGCUGAUGAUGUUGUUCGCGUGAGUGUGGCGGAAGUUAUUUUCGGUGAUGCGGAGGUUCCAAUCCCUACAUCAGAAAUAAAGUUUGUCAAAGAAGCUUUAGGUAGUUUUGUUCCAUGGCCAACACAUUUGGUCAAACCCAUCUUGCCUGAGGAAGCAGAGAAGGAUGUGAGCUCACCAUUGAAGACUGUUGAGGAGGAAAAGGCAGCUGAGGUUAUUGAUCCAUUGGGAGAGUUGGUAAAGAACUUGUUCGACAUUUACCAAAGGCCUGUUGAGGUGUCAUGGGAUGGUGCUAAAUUUGGGAUCAAUAAUGUCAAAGAUGGCUUCUUCAUCACACACGUUGAUGUGAGCGAGAUAAUAUUAGGAGACAAGUGUUUAAACAUCUCCAUUCUACAGCUAUGGCUUAUGUUUAUUCAUGAUUGGAGUGUGAGCAUUGGUUAUGGAGCAUUGUAUGGGUUCCUUGAACCUCAGUGUAUCCACAAUGCAAGCAGUAGACGUCAAGAGUGUGAAAAUUACAUUGGAAGGUGGUUGAAGGAAGCAGGAAAACAAAUUUACAUAGCACCUUAUUUAAACCAGGCCCAUUGGCAGCUCCUUGUAUUGUGCCCAGGCGACAAUGUAGUGGUUUGGUUUUUUUCUUUGAAGAAGAAGCCGGAUGCUGCCAUCAAGGGUGCAGUAAACAGUGCAAUGAAAUCAGUCACCAAAACUGCAGAGGGAAAGCCACCUCAGCAUGGGCCUCAGUGGAUUGAAGCAAAGAGUCAUGUUCAAACAGGAAAUUAUGAGUGUGGAUACUAUGUUAUGCAAUGGAUAUGGUGCAUCGUAAGUGGUGGAUUGAAGGAUGACUGGAUUCACUGGUUUUCUAAUCGAUCACCGCUAACAGAAGAGACCAUGACCACACUCCGGCAUAAAUGGGCGGCAUAUUUUAUCCAAAUGAAGAAAUGCGAACCAAGAAAAAAUUUGAUAACUUAGGAACAGUUUUCGUUUCCGCCAUAAUUUUAUUUGUCUGCUGAGAACAGUACAUUGUUUAGAUAACUUGAGUUGUAUAUUGAAUUUAAUUUUCUCUCAGCUUGAACAAUUUCCUAUCCAGCCCUUCAAUGUGGGUGUGUUCCUUGAACAGUACAUUGUUUCAGUUAAUGCUUGAGUUGUAUACUGAAAUUAAUUUUCUCUCUACUUUUUGUUUCA